AUGACCUCACAAACCUCUAAGCUCUUCAAACCAAUCAAGGUUGGCGCCCUUGAUUUACAGCAUCGGAUCGUCCUUGCACCCUUGACUCGUGGUCGUGCCGAUGCACUUGGUGUUCCCGCUAGCUACGCCGCGGAUUAUUAUUCCCAGCGCGCUACACCUGGCGGUUUGUUGAUCACAGAAGGAACUUUCAUCUCGCUUGAAGGAUCUGGGCGACCAUUCUCACCAGGAAUCUAUUCUAAAGAACAAAUUAAGGCUUGGAAGCAUGUCACUGAUGCAGUUCAUGCCAAAGGAGCCUUUAUCCUCUGUCAGCUAUGGGCUCUUGGACGCAUUGCCGAACCUGACCUUGUGCCAGCUGUUCUCAGUCCAGGCACACAACCUUUUUUCGAGGACGCUGAUGUCACACGAAAUAUCCCGAACAAGUUCACCGUCAUGAGCGAAGCUGAUAUCGAUAACUUUGUGGAAUACUACCGACAAGCGGCUUUGAAUGCUAUGGAGGCUGGUUUCGAUGGUAUUGAGAUUCACGGAGCCAAUGGAUAUCUUAUUGAUCAGUUCCUUCAAUCAACCAGCAACGACAGAACAGACCAAUACGGCGGCAGCGUCGAGAACCGCAUCCGUUUCCCCCUCCGCGUGGUCAACGCAGUCAGCGAUGCCAUCGGUCCAGAACGGGUCGGCGUCCGCAUGUCACCAUUCACCCGCUUUCAAGGCAUGCGAGAAGCCGAACCACUCUCGCUCUUCGUUCCUUGGGCACAAGCUAUUGUAGACGCUCAACCCCGCAUUGCGUACAUUCACGCCAUUGAGCCUCGCGCCGAUGGUUCGGUAGAUACACCUGAGCAUUUACGAAAGGUUGAAGAUAAUUUGGCGCCUAUUAGAAAGGUCGCUACCCGUGCUGGUGUGCAGUUCAUCGUUGCGGGGGGAUAUACGCCUGAGAAGGCGUUGCAGCAUACUAGCGAGACAGACGAUCUCGUGGCCUUUGGCCGUCACUUCAUCCCCAACCCUGAUCUCCCUGCUCGAAUCAAGAAUGAUUGGUCGCUUACCAAAUACGAUCGCUCGGUCUUCUACGAGGUGAACGGAGUAGGAUACAUCGACUACACAGUGUACAAUGCAGACACAGCUGCGGCUUGA